AUCUGGUAAACUCUCUAGUAGGAGUUCUCUGCCGCUUUAGGAGGGAAGCAGUAGCCAUCACCUGCGACAUUGAAAAAAUGUUCCAUCAGUUCUAUGUCCCACCCAACAUGCGGAACUACCUGAGGUUCCUAUGGUGGAAAGGCGGUCAGCUGGAAACAGAACCCCAAGAGUAUAGAAUGGCGGUGCACCUUUUCGGUGCUGGUUCCUCUCCAGGGUGUGCCAAUUUCGGCCUUAAAUAUCUUGCACAGCAAUGCGAAGCCGAUUAUCCCUCGGCGGCUUCUUUCAUUGAAAAGAACUUUUACGUUGAUGAUGGACUAACUAGCGUCCCAUCAGUCACAGAAGCUACAGACCUUAUUAUCAACGCACAACAGCUGUGUAAGACUGGAGGUUUACACUUGCACAAAUUUAACUCGAACAAGGUGGAGGUGCUAUCUGGUGUUGCGCCUUCAGAAAGGGCAGUAACCACUGGGCCUCUCAACCUUAGCCUGGAUUCAACAGCAGAGGGUCACGUACUUGGCAUUCAGUGGUCAAUAGAAAGUGACACGUUCAGCUUCAACAUUGACAAAAGGGAUCAACCCUCAACUCGCCGUGGCAUCCUGUCUGCUGUUUCGUCCCUCUACGACCCUCUUGGUCUCGUAGCUCCCUUUAUCCUGAGUGGUAAAUGUAUUCUCCAGGAGCUGUGUCGCAUGGGCAUAGGUUGGGAUGAUCAGCUUCCCGAUAGCCUACAUUCACGGUGGGAGCAAUGGAAAAGGGAUCUACACAGGCUAAAGGAAAUAGUGAUACCCAGAUGCUACCAUCCUCCAGACUUUGGCAACAUAGUGAGGGUGGAACUACACCACUUUUCCGACGCCAGUAACAUAGGUUAUGGUGCAUGUUCCUACCUCAGAUACAAAAAUGGAAAGGAUGAAGUACACUGUAGCCUUGUGUUAGCCAAAGCAAGAGUUGCACCAACAAAGCUCAUGAGCAUCCCAAGGCUGGAGCUUUCGGCUGCAGUAAUCUCCGCAAGACUAAGUGUCAUGUUAAAAACAGAGCUCGGCAUGCAGAUUGACGAGGAAUUCUUUUGGACUGAUUCCCAAGUUGUAUUGGCCUACAUCAGCAAUGAGGCACGGCGAUUCCAUGUGUUUGUCGCAAAUCGUGUUCAGCUAAUCCGAGAAACCACAGACCCUGCGCAGUGGCACUAUGUGGAUACGGCGGAAAACCCAGCUGACCACGCUUCGAGAGGUCUUUGUGCAGGGGACAUUCUGUCAACGAACUGGUUAUCGGGUCCUAAAUUUCUGUGGAAACCUGAGAUACACCCAACACCACAUUUUUCACCAGAUUUGCUAGUCUGUGACCCUGAAGUUAAAUCGGUGAAAACCUUUGCCACCCAUGCCAAUGAGCAAACUGACAUUCUGAACCGUCUAAGCCGCUUUUCCAGCUGGACAACGCUCAUUAGAGUAGUUGCAAGAAUUAAGAGACUAGGCAUGAAGUCAGAUCGUGUCAGCAGCAUUGUGACGGUGGAGGAAAGGAGAAAGGCUUGUGAGCUAGUAAUCAGUCUGGUUCAGCGACAAGCUUUUUUGCAAGACAUAAAGACACUUCAGAAGGGCAACUCUCUUCCAUGCUCUAGCCCCCUAAGCUGUCUUGAUCCCAUCUUAGAUGAAGGACUACUUCGUGUCGGUGGAAGACUGACAAAGGCAACGCUCAGUCGAGAACUAAAACACCCGGUCAUCCUUCCAAAGGAAAGUCACAUUACAAGGCUAAUACUGUCUCAUUACCAUGCCACCAUCUGUCAUCAGGGUCGCAGUCAAACUCUAGCAGAACUCAGGGCAAAUGGGUUUUGGGUGCUUGGAGGAAGCAAAGCAGUCGCCAAGUUAAUACAUAAAUGUGUGCAAUGUCGAAAACUUCGGCGCCCCACCGAGGAGCAACGCAUGGCAGAGCUCCCGAAAGAAAGGACUGAAGCCUCCGCUCCUUUCUCGUACUCUGGUAUGGAUUGUUUCGGUCCAUUUUCCAUCAAGCGGGGCCGCAAGGAGUACAAAAGGUAUGGGCUUAUCUUUACAUGCUUGUCUUCACGUGCUGUCCAUAUCGAGAUGCUAGAAGACCUAUCAACGGAUGCCUUCAUCAAUGCCCUUAGAUGCUUCAUCAGCCUCAGAGGAGCUGUUUGCCAACUCCGCUGUGACCAAGGCACAAACUUUGUAGGAGCCAGAAAUGAGUUCAGAGAGGCUCUCAAACAAUGUGACAUGCAGGCACUGGAGGCUUUCCUGGCAGACAAACAGUGUGAGUUUGUUUUCAAUGCUCCUUCUGCAAGUCAUCCUGGUGGCAUCUGGGAACGCCAAAUUAGGACUAUUCGUAAUGUGCUAAAUGCCACUACCGCUCAGUGUGCAGGAAGACUAGACGAUGCCUCUCUUAGAACUUUGUUUUAUGAGGCCAUGGCUAUUGUAAAUAGCCGCCCCUUGACUGUGGACAGUAUCUGUGACCCAAAGGCACCUGAACCUCUUACUCCGAACCAUCUUAUACUGAUGAAGUCCAAAGUUGCUCUACCACCACCUGGGAAAUUUGUGAGAGAAGACUUGUAUGCAGCGAAGAGGUGGCGUAGAGUACAAUACUUAACUGAGCAGUUCUGGGGUAGGUGGAAAAGAGAAUACCUCAUGAAUGUCUCCACAAGACAGAAGUGGCACAAAACCCGCCGUAAUCUAAAAGUGAAUGACAUUGUUAUCAUCAAGGAAGAUAUGUUACCAAGAUGUCAGUGGCAACUGGGGGGUAUCGUUGAAACUAUCAAAGGUGACGAUGGGUUAAUCCGUCGGGUCAAGGUUCAAGUAGGAGUCCAAAGUCGGACCAAGAAACAGGACCGUGCUUUCAAGCCCCCCAUUAUCGAGCGGCCUAUUCAAAAACUGGUGGUUCUUGUUGAAAGAGAAUAAUAACAACCACGUUAUUAUCUGAGAGGAACUGACAUGCUGACAUAAACAAUGUAACAGUCCAGGUGGCACCUGCUCUAUGAUGUUUGUACACCUGCAUAUUGGUUGAAGUGGUUUCAUUUUGAUGUUGUUGUUCAAAUCAUGUAUGAUUAGCUAGUUUCUAAAUCAUAGCAUGAUUGGUGGGAGUGUAAUGAACCGCUGAUCUGUACCAUAAGUCAUCCUUGCGGGGGUUGUCGGAACUGUAUGCGCAGUCGCACUAAGGACAGAUGUGCUCAGAGGCAUGCCCUGUAACGUGUAUGAGCGGUCUGUCGUGCGGCAGGAAUAAGUUGUACAAAGUCCAUCUUAGACAUGUGUGUCAUGCAAGCUAGCAGCAUCCCAUGAGAAACGGGCCGAAGUGUUUAAGUGUUCACCGGAGUUUGCACCCUUGGCAAGCGGACUGAGGUAUGUGAUGAGAGGUGAUCUGUUGUUAUAUUUUAUUUAACCGAACUGUGUAACCCCUUGAUGCUGUUUGAAGCAACCCUUUUUUGUUUUAUUUAAUCUGUGACUGUAUAUCUCAGAAUUACUUGUUUGAA